AUGCGUCUUCUUGUCGGGACCCUGUGGCCCCUUCUGGGUGUUUUUGGAGCCAUCACCCAUGCUGCCAAUGUGAUGGAAGUUGAUCUUGUUUUCCCACGCAACGAGACAUACACGACCGAUCAGCAGAUGCCAGUCGUCUUUGCAAUCCGAAACGCCCAGCUUGGACCCCUUCUUCAGCCAUCAAUCUCAUAUCAGGUCCGGAACAUAUCCGACCUUGGCCAGUCAGGGCCCUCGAAUCAUCACCUCUUCCUCAAUGUCAGCUGGACCGAUUAUGAACCCUACUUUGCCUACACCUUCAUCAACAUGACCGCGGAAGGGGCGUUCCAAAUAUUCUGGUCCACCAGCUGGAUAUAUUGCAACCAGACCAGCGGCAGAAACAAGAUCGUCAGGGAUGAUUCCACCGAGCUUUUGCACUUCAUUGUCAAAAAGGACGCCCCGGCAACGGAUCUUGUCGCCGUUACGGCCAACGACGAGCCCUGCAAUGCUUCUCCUGGUGUUUCCAUCAACAUUUCUAACAUGACGGCCGUUCCUUCCUUCCCAGACAAGGGCUCUUGUGCUUUGAUGGACGCUUCCAACCCCGUAGGUGUCAGUUCAGACCCCUGCCGGGUAAAGAUUGAUGAGCCUACGGCCGAAAGGAUCCAGAAUAACCUUCGCGAGAGAUUGUGCAGUGCCCUCAACCCCGACCGCCCCGCUGAUUGCACGACCAAGGAUAACGCGGCGCAGUCCGGUGCUGCGGUAGGCAUAAAAUGCCUCGCUGUUGCUAUUGUCAUGGUUGGCUUCUUGGCGUAG